AACAACCUCUACCACUAAGUUGAGUAGUACUGAAAGUACUCUACCAUCACCUUAUUGUCUUCGCCUUCCUCUUCCUUGAUUAGGCCUUCUGAACAUUAUAGUGGAUUAUAUAUAUCUGCAGUCCGAUACAAAGGAUCCUUAAUAUCAUCGCUUGUCAGCUAUACUCUACUCGAACAUAUAUUCAUCGGGCUCUUCAUUUCCACCCACCACUCUGACCAAAUCUCACACAGCCUCGACGAUGCUACCACAACGUUCUCCAUCGCCAAUCCCUACUCACCGUAUUUCCCUUCCUCCUGGUCAUUUUCUUUCCCUCCCUCCAUCUUACGCCGAUCAGACUCCUUCAUACCCAUCUGGCAUUCCAUCCACAUCCGCUCAUACUUCUCAAGGUCUCGCACCUAACGUCGCAUCUCUCGCUUCGGCCGAUUUCGAAGUUGACGUUCGUACGGGUUUCUUACCAGCCGAGAGGAAUGUGGAUCGCUUGCCCGUCGAAUGGGAUUUGUGGGAGGAAGCUUUGAGGGCUGCUAGGGGUGAAGGUGUUGGUGAUGGGUUGCGAUUGGGAGGUGGUAGAGAGAGGGAAGCGCUGUGGCGAAAGGGUAUUGAAAGUAUGCCGAUAUUGUCCACUACCAACCUUCGAAUUUCUCUUCCACUUCUUCGCCGAGCACAUGUCGUACUCGCUUUCCUACUCCACUUCUACGUUCACACAUUUCCUUCUCCCACUCCACGACAGACUCCCCUACCCAUUCCGGCGUCCAUCUCAAACCCUCUUCUCACAGUUUCCUCACUCGUUGGUCUUCCACCCAUUCUCACUUAUGCAGAUACGGUGCUCUACAACUUCCACUCCCUCGACCCUUCUCUGCCCCCUGCGCUGCCCUCAAACCCACCCAAGACAGCCUUGGCGUCUUUCACCAACACCCGAUCCGAAGAACAAUUUUACAUCAUCUCUGCGCUAUGUGAGAUUGCCGGGGCGGAAGCUCUAAGACUUAUGCGACAAUCUCUCGACGAGCUCUUCUUGGCCGAUGAACUGGCGUUGAGAAGGUUGACAGUCUACCUGCGUAAAUUAGCUCGUCAGAUCGAUCGAAUAGCCGAUGUGACAUCGAGUAUGAUCGGCGAGAUCGUUCCAGAGGAAUUUUAUCAUCUCAUCAGACCUUGGUUCAGGGGUGGGGAUGCCGAUGGACCAGAUAGCCAAGGAUGGCUGUUCGGUUCGAGUGAUCAAGACCUUAUAACCUGGGAAGCGGAAAAUAAGGCGGGAAGAGGCAAGAAAGGAAAAUUGUUCUCGGGUCCGAGUGCUGGACAAAGUAGUCUGAUACACGCUAUCGAUAUUUUCCUCACUGUUGAUCAUCGACAACGAUCAUCUCCUCGAGGUCCUCAACCUGACGUCCAACAUACAGAUGAAAUUUCGACCUCAAGCACGGAAACAAACGGCGAUUCCCCUGCUGCGAUGAGAAUCACUCUAGAUCAUACACCAAUAUCGGACGCGAAAUCUCAACCUACAGAAGCAACCUUUGUCGAACGUAUGCUUCAGUAUAUGCCAUUACAACACCGCACAUUCCUUCUUCAUCUCUCUACCAACCCCACACCACUUCGAUCUGUCGUUGUUGCACAUGCAGAGUCGCACCCUCAACUGGCAGAUGCGUACGAUACGGCUUUGGAAGCUCUUAAAGGAUUCAGAGAGAGACAUAUGAGAGUGGUUUCGGUGUUUAUCGUACAACAAGCCAGGAGGACUCCUAGUGAACGUGUGAGGCGAUUGUUGGGACAGAUGGACUCAAUCUCGGAAUAUGACCCAAGUAGCGUCAUCGACAACAAGCUGAACGUAAGUCAGGAAUUGGUAAGGGGGGAGAUCAAAGAAGACGGGGAAUUGAGAGGGACGGGCGGAACGGCUUUGUUUAAAUUUUUGAAAAUGUGUAGAGACGAUACAACCCGAGCUAUGGUGUCACGCUCAGCUGGGAAAUUAUACGAUUUAGAGAAGGGGGAGUGAGUAGAGAGUACGCCACGGAUUAUCAAAUGGAUCUUAAGAUGGUACAUAUUGCAUAGAUAGGUAGAAAGUGAUAUGAAAUAUAAUUUCUCGUCA